AUGAACAAAGGCGUAUUGAGAAAUAAGAAGAAACGUUCACAGUCUCCUCUACAUGAAACGAAUAAUUCCUUUAUGAAGAAUGUAACUUCUACAGUAUCUUAUUUAUUACCUUCUUCAAUUACUAAAUGGUUCAGCACUCCAAGUACAUGCAAUGCUAAUGGAUCAACUCCAACCUCUGAUCAGACAGAUUCUUCUUCGGAAGAUGAAAUUCAAGGAACUUCUGUGGUGGUCCAACCACCACCAAAGCGAAUGCGUUAUAAUUCAGGAAAGUUAAAUCAUGUUGGACAAUCUGAAGUUAAUUAUAGCAGCAUUAAUCCUGAUGAGCCAUUUGAUGUAACACAGCCCUCAACAAGUAGAAACCACUUUAAAAGAGAACCAAAUUAUGUAUCUACUCCCAUUCAUACUGUUAUCAAUGAACCAUCAAAUGACAAAAGAGAACGAGAUACAACAGUAAUACAAUCUCACCAUUCCCUUUCUACAAGAGGAUCAUCUGUGACUAGAAAAAGAAAGUCGCUGUUUGAUAUGCUUGACAAGGAUUCAAGUAAAAAUAAAGAUUCAUGUGAUCAAACAUUAAGUAAAAAAUCAAAUAGUUUAAAUGAUUAUAGACAACCUUGCUUUAAUAUUGGUUUAGCUGCUUCAUCAUACUAUAGAGCAAACCUUGCAUAUGCUGGAGCAGCAUCAACUUACAUGAAUAAGCCAAACAUCAAGUCAUCCAAAACUACAAGGUUCCACACAUUACUCACCUUAUCAAAAGAACAGGUUGCAAAG